AUGAAACAGCCACCGGGGUACGAGGACCCCACUCAUCCCGAUCACGUGUGUCACUUACAACGCUCUCUUUAUGGUCUCAAGCAGGCACCCAGGGCAUGGUUUAAACGGUUACAUGAAUUCUUAAUCUCAACAGGGUUUAUGGCUUCCAAAACUGAUGUGUCUUUAUUUCACUACACUGACGGCAGUUCACGUGUAUUUUUACUGGUUUAUGUCGACGAUAUUAUUAUGUUGGGCAGUGAUUCAGCAUUAAUUGACUCUCUACUCAAGCGUUUAUCUUCUACCUUCAAAAUCAGGGAUCUAGGCAAACCUACGUUCUUUCUGGGCAUUGAGACGCUAUCGGACGGGGAUAGCUUUCUCUUGUCACAGCGUAGGUACAUGGUUGAUAUAUUGUCUCGUGCCGGUAUGACAGACUGCAAAGCAUUGGCUACACCAGCUUCAGUUACACAACCGGCUACACCGACUCUAGAUCCGUUUGAUAAUCCGACGCAAUACCGCAGAAUUGUUGGGGCUCUACAAUAUCUCACUAUCACUCGCCCCGAUUUAUCUUUUUCAGUCAAUAGGCUCUGUCAAUUCAUGCAUUCUCCAACGCAGGAUCACUGGGGACUACUUAAGCGUGUCCUACGAUAUGUCAAGGGCACUCUGGAUUAUGGGCUUCGUCUGACUCCCUCACUAGCUUCCGAUCUGCAUGCAUAUUCAGACUCUGACUGGGCUGGAUGCCCGGUUGACCGGAAAUCUACUAGUGGCUAUGCGGUUUUCCUAGGGACUAAUCUUAUAUCGUGGCUAUCACGGAAACAGCGCACUGUAACACGCUCUUCGACUGAAGCUGAGUAUAAAGGCCUUGCUGAUGUAGCCGCCGAGGUAACCUGGGUUGUUUCCUUACUUCGGGAGCUGGGCCUACACUCUGGUACUCCUGCGACAUUGUGGUGUGAUAAUCUGGGCGCCACUUACUUAGCAACAAAUCCAGUAUUCCACGCCAGGACAAAACAUGUUGAGAUAGAUUUUUACUUCGUCCGUGAUAAAGUAGCUGCCGGGGAUUUCAUUGUCAACUUCGUCUCCACCAAAGACCAGCUAGCGGAUAUCUUCACCAAACCAUUACCAGCUCCGCGUUUUCAGACUCUCAGGGACAAGCUCAAUGUUGUCUGCAUCCACCCUUGUGCUUGA